GGUAUGCUUUCGUGAUGUUAUUUGCGAAGUAAAUUUUUAAUAAAGUUUUGAAAUAAAAUUUCUGUACGAGAACUAGUAAUAAAUGAAAGUAAAUUACUUAAUUAAAUAUGUAUUGUUUGCACGUCAUUUCAAAGUGAAUAAAUGCGGCAGCCGUGUGCCCCAGUUCGCUAUUUUUAAAAGAAAGUUCAAUUUUACUUUAUGUUUUAUAAAUGAAGAUGCGCUCUUUUAGCACGGAUAUAGUGUUGUUAAGUGUGUUGCUAUGUGUUAGCGGUGAUUUUAGUGAAUUAGACAAUACAAUUAGUGAACAUUCUUUGGAGUUAACGCAGUCUUUGAAUUUGGCUCGGCAGGAGUUAAUACAGGAUGUUUGUUCAAGAUUUCCACCAAAAUUGAGCUUAGACGAGCUGCCUCCUAGCAGCUUGGAGCAUAUUUUGAUUGAUGACACUCAUAAGUUGCUGUAUUGUUACGUGCCUAAGGUGGCAUGUACGAACUGGAAGAGAGUUUUAAUGAUAUUAGGGGGGAAAUGGAAUGACACAGAUAUAUUGUCUAUCCCGCCCAGCCUCCCCCACUCCCAAGGGAUGUUCAAGAAUCUAAGUAUGGUUUCUCCAGAGGAACGGAACUUCUUACUGGAGAACUACCAUAAGAUGAUUAUAGUUCGGAAUCCAUUUGAAAGGUUGCUGUCAGCCUACAGGAAUAAGUUGGAGGGAGAAACAUUGACGGCAAAAUAUUUUCAAGAGCGUGUCGGCCGACGUAUCAUAAAAGCGUACCGCGAGAAUCCCACGAACGAGUCGUUGGAAUUGGGCAAUGACGUGACGUUCAAAGAAUUCGCCCUCUUCCUCACCAGCAAGUUGGAAGAGAUGGCGGACGUCGCGAGCAACGAGCACUGGCAGCCAAUCACAGAUCUGUGUCACCCGUGCCUUGUGAAGUACACUUUAGUUGGUAAAUACGAGACGUUGACAGACGACACUCUUCUUGCCCUGCACACGAUCAACGCGACCCACGUGAGAUUCCCGGAUAUGUAUCACACUUCGGGAACCUCCGACAAACUUUACAGCUAUUUCUCCCAGCUUGACCUACCCCUGAUAAGGAAGCUGUACAAACUGUACUUACAAGACUACAGGAUAUUCAAUUAUGAUUUGGAUAAUAUUGUCGGCUUCGAUUUAGGUUAAGUGUACCUACACACAGAAUAAAAAAGUAUGAAUUUACGUUUAUACAAAAUAUUUUGCGGUUAUGUAGCGAACAUAAAAUGCUUUUAUAAAAAAAAAUGUUCUCUGAUGGAAUCGAAAAGUCUAUAUCUAGUUUGUUCAGCAGUGUGGUUCAUACGGCUGAGGUGAUGACGUUUAUGUACUGAUUGCAUUUUAUGUGAAAAAUACGUAAUUUUAUGAGACAAUGAAGCAUUUUAAUUUGGUAGGAUGUGUGAUAGCCUAUUACAAUUUCUUUAUAAAAUGCAUUUUCAUCCAGACGUGUGAACCUCGUUUUUUAUCUGUGACAUAAUGAAAUAUUUCACCAUUAUGUCAGAAGCUAGAUGGACAGAACAAUAAGACUUUGUUAUAGCUAUAAAUAAUGUUUUCUAGAUCUGAUAAGAGUAGACAUUCAUAAUAGUGAUUGUAAUAACCUUAAAUCGUUUGAGAAUAAUAACGAACUAAAAGCCUCCAUAAUGAAUCUCAUUUAAUUAAUUAACGUGUAAUUUGGUGUUAAUUGAAUACUUAGAUAUUAAAAAUAUUGCGUUAAUUUUUAUUUAUUUGUGUAAUCAUAGAGCAUAAAAGGAAAUAAGUAAAAAAUAUACACGGUUCUUUGUUUAUUAGGAUUUCACAGGAAAACUGUUUCCUGUUUAUCAAUAACGAGAAUAAUAGAAACUGAUGAUAAACAUUAUUGCGAUCUUAGUAAUUCCUAGAAAACAAUUAACAUAAUGCAUUUGUAGAUAUAUGUAUCUACGAGUAUGUAGCAUCCCGAUAAAGCUACUAUUGUAAGUGUUAAGUUCUAGUUUAAUAAUAAGUAAUCUUUUAUUUAUUUUUGUAUAUCAAAUAACCUUUGUAUAAAAAGUAUUCUUUAACCUUUUUCUUAUUACGAAACUAGUUAAUAAGGAUUAUUUCUAGAGGCAUUUUGUUGGAAAAAAUAAAAAGUUUCUAGUAAUUUUUUUAUUAUCAAUUUACACAGUAACUUAUCAGUUCUUAAAUUUGGUAAGAACUUAAGUGUAUAGCGUUAUAACUUUUUAACAGUACUUAGUGGUCUUAAAGUAAAAGUUUUAUGGAACAGAACAUAGUUGUACCAGACUUUCAUCAGCGUGUUUCCAUUUUUGAUGCUAUUCUUAAUACAUAUCUUUUUUACUUAAGGUCACAUCUAAUUUCAGAAAAAUAAAUUUACAAAUAUGAAAUUAUAGUAAUUACUUAUUUCACAAUGUAAUGUGUCCUUGGUUAUUGACUGUAUCAUUAACCCAAAAAUGGUAGUCACAGUACUUAAUAGGCUAUUACACUCUUUUUUGAAAACUGUUUUAAAUCAAUCCUGAGACUGUGUUAUACCUAUAGAAUUUUUAUUAAAAUUUUUUGAAGCCGAAAAGUGCUCUAAAAACGAUUUAUUAUUUAUGAUUUUGUAUUUUCGCGCGAAAACGCCAUCCGCCAUGCUGUUUUGACUCGUGACGUCAUACUUUUAGUAAACAAUACGGCUCUACGUAAGACUAAAGUAAAAAGAUUUUUGUAAUAAUGAAUUACAAUACAUAUUGUUGGUGUCUUGUUCCUGAAUGCAAGAAUACAAGUAUAAAAACACCAGAAAAAUUGUGGAUUCCACUGCCAAGUGAUAUUAAAAUGAGAAACCAUCAACGUAUUAAUCCUCGGUAGAUUUAUAUUGUCUGCUUUCACAAAACCGUCUUCCAUGAUUCUAUUAAAUUAUUAAAGAGUAAAAACCCAAAAACGUGAUAGAAAUUUUAAAAUUUCAAAAUAAACAGAGCCUGACAUCAUCAAUAUGUUUUCGAUUCGAUAUUUGUUUACUAAAAGUAUGACGUCACGUCAGUACCCAACAUGGCGGAUAGCGUUAUCGACUUUUGAAGAACAGAUUAAAAAAGAGGAUUUUUUAAAUUGAAUUAUAAAAUCCAUAUCGCACUUUUAUGAAUAAUGAUCGAUGUUUUUCUUUUAUUUUUUACAAAAUCUAUAAGAUACGUGCAUUUUUAUAUUUUUUUUUACAUGGUGUAAAAUAGCCUAUUGAGUCAAUAGGCCGUUCAUUUGUGGCUUUUUAUAGUUGAACAAUUGUUAAGAGACAAAAAAGUACCUAAGCUUGCCAUACGUUUAAGGUACAAUAUUAUACGUUAAAGUUCAGCAUUUUUAACGAUUAUUUUAUGGCAUUAUAUGAUAUAUGACCAUUGUCUUGACUAUCGCUAUGAGUGAAAAUUCAGGGUAGGUAGAUAUUCCAUGUAACCCGACUCAUAAUUAAAUCUCCGAUAAAAAAUUUCUUCUCAAAAAUGUUUUGAAUAGUAUAGUUAUAGAUAGAAUAAUAAUAGUUCGGGGCAGUUACUUAGUUGUUAUAAUGUUGUAUUAAUUAAAAGUAGGCAUUGAUAUUUUCAUAAUGAUAUUCCAAAGCUUGCUGUGAUAAACUUUUUUUUAAUAAUUACGUACAAUUAGUGCUAUUAAAAAUGUUUAUCGAUAUAUGGUCGUAAAUUAGUAGUUAUCAUGUACAAAUGUAUGUUUUAAGGUCAUUGUGGUACUCGUAA